UGUUAUUUGUUUUUUUGGAAGCUGUCAGUAACACAGUCUGUAUCUGUGGUCAUUGAAUAACUUAUAAACAUCCUUCCGGGUUGUCUCACUGCAGGGAAGCGUGCUUUUUUAAACUUUAAAAAGAACUUAACUCGGGUUGUCACCAUGUUGGAAUCGAGCAUCAAGAACUUCAACAUCAAUUUCAACGUAGCGAGCGAGGGGAGGACAUUCCGCAGUGGGCAGCUGGUCUCAGGACACUUUUCCUUCGACCUGAGCAAGAAGACGAAGAUCACCGACAUAUCUAUGCGUCUGAAGGGACAGGCCAACGUCCACUGGUCCACUGGUGGAGGGAAGAAUAGGAGUAGGAGACACUUCUCUGCAAACGUCACCUACUUCGACCUGAAGAGCGUCAUCCUGCAGGAGAACUCAGCCAUGGGUGAGUCGGUGAAGCUCCAGCCUGGCAGGCACAUGUAUCCGUUUACAUGUCAGAUACCUCAGGGAGACUUCCCCCCGAGCUUCAAGGGCCUUUAUGGUAAAGUAGAGUAUAUGUUAACCGUGAGCAUCAACAGACCCUGGCACAUGUCGAAGGACUUUGUGACUGAGUUAAACUUCCUAAGCAGCAUCAAUACCAACCAUCCAGAGCUGAGGGCUCCUCUCUCAGGCUCCAACCAAAUGACUCUGUGCUGCCUGUGGUGUGCCUCACCUCCUAUCACAAUGACAGUCAGUGUGGAGAAGAAAGCCUUUACUCCUGGUGAAACUGUGAAAAUAAAUUGUGAAUUCAGUAACGGCUCAUCCCGCACAGUCACCUCGAAGGUGAGGCUGCUGCAGGAGCAGGCCUUCCACACCCACGAAAGGGUCCAUACCAGGAGGUAUAACAAGACCUUGGCAUCAGGGACCGGACAGCCCAUCGACGCACGCACCUGCAACGUGCACACUGAGAUGAUGGUCCAGAUUCCUCAGUCUGUUCCACUUACCAUCUCUAACUGCAGCAUCGUGGUCCUUAGUUAUAUCAUCGAGGUGAGCCUGAGUGUGUGCUCGGGCCCUGACCUCACCGUUCUGUUUCCCAUCAUCGUUUGUGAUACCCCUGUUCAUCCUCAAGCACUUCCUUAAGUGUGAGUAGAUUCAGGUGGAUCUAAUGAAAUGCCAACAUACUACAAUUCCUUUCAGUAUUUCUCAGGGGCUUCGUAUAGAGCUCAGCGCACCAGGGAAGACCUUUGCCUCUAAGAUUUCAAUUUUUGACUGCUGUUUGUGUAAAGAUAAUCUUUGUGUGUUUUUGUAUGAUGUGUUACAUUUGCAACAGUCUCUUGUGCUUAUUUUGACAAACUCAAGUUGCCAGUUCUAGUCUUCCCACGAUCAAAUUCUGUUGUUCAUUGUUAACUGUUUGAUGUUUUGCGUGUCUCUGUUCUGCUGCUGCAAAUUCUCAUUCUGCCUAAACUUGCUUGAUGCAUGUUUUCACCAGGUGUUGUUGUGUCUUUAACACACUGUAUGUUGCCAAUGAAGGGUUUAAGUUUCUAUUCUGUUUGUGAUUUACAUGCAUACAUGUAUUUCCUUUUAUUUCUGUGUCAUGCUAAUUGCAUUUGGCCCAUCUCUUCUUGGGAUUACAAGAGACCAUUGAUUUGAACACAAGCGUCUUCCUAUGGCAUUACUAUUAGGGCCAUAUAAAGAAACCAAGUUUUUAGGAAUUAUUUGGCAAUUUAAUGAGAAAACGUGACCCUGUUAGAAGUGUAAAGAAAAUAAAAACAAUUUUCAGGAAAUAAGAGGCAAGGAGAACGUUAGCUCUCCAGAGUUCUGCUACUUCUGGAAGAAAAAUCACGAACCAAUCAAAUCAUUUAUUGAUUUCUUAUUGAUUUCAUCUUCCACAAAAGAGGAUAUUCUCUCCAUGUAAUUGUGGCUCUUGCUUUGGAAUAGACACAUUUUCUAGUGAAACUUAUACUAAAUAACAAGAUGCCCUACAUUGCUCAUUUUAUCUAAGUCAGCAGGCUGAUCUUCUGAUAUUCCUUGUCUAAAAUGAAACAUUUAUUUCCCCUUAAUUUAUGACUUUAUUCAAGAAAUAUCUUUGUGUGGCCUUAGUAUUUUUUUUAUAUCUGUGAUUAUAUGUAUAUAUGUUUAUACUUUUAACUCAAACCUGUGUGGGCAAAGAAAGGUUUUGAAAUUGUCGCUGUUGGUUAAAUCUGUGGCAAUAUUGAAAUGUAAAACAGUAAUGUCAUUUUUAAUGUGAUAUACACCAAAGUGCUUUGUUUAUUCAGCAAGUGAUUCUUCAUAGUAUCACAUAUAACCAAAGGCAUAAAGCUUGCUUUGUGGAAACUGCCUGAAGCAUCUCACUGCCAUCAGACAAGAUAUUACACAGUUAUCUCAGCAUGAGUGUGUGUAAAUGUAUGUGUGUGAUUAUUGCCAAUGUUUACAGGGCAUGUAUUCGUUGUCAAUAUAAGACUGAGUACACUGAGAUAGGAGGGAACAUAUGUUGUUAUAUGUUAUUGCUUUUUAUUCCAGCAGCUGCAUUGAUGUUAAUGUUAUAAAAAUAAUACAUUAGAA